AUGUAUCGGCUUGUAAUAUUUUUGUUUCUGAUACUUUCAGUUGUUUGUGAUGAACCAAAAUCGCGAACUGUUCACUUAAGCCAGGGUAUCGUGCAUGGAUAUAAAGAUUCUGACGAAGAUAUAUUUGCAUUUUACAGCAUUCCAUACGCUACAGCGCCGACUGGUCACGAAAAAUUUAAGGCCCCUCUACCAUCACCAGUUUGGUCUGAACCAUUUGAAGCAGUGGAAAAUAACAUCAUAUGCCCACAAGUAGAUUACAUGAAAUCAUUUGUACCAAAAACUUUAAAUAUACAAGAAGAUUGCCUUAUUGCAAAUAUUUUUGUGCCAAAUACCAAUGAAAAAAACCUCCCAGUAGUCGUAUAUGUCCACGGCGGAGCUUAUCUUAUGGGGUGGGGAAACCUAUUUACACCUAAAAAAUUAGUCAAUAGUAAAAAAGUAAUUGUUGUUACCUUUAACUAUCGGUUAGGCGCGCAUGGAUUCCUUUGCCUAGGUACAAAAGAUGUACCUGGUAAUGCUGGUAUGAAGGAUCAAGUGGAAUUAUUACGAUGGGUUAAGAAAAAUAUCGCAAAAUUUGGCGGUGAUCCCGAUGAAGUUACAAUAGCGGGAUUUAGUGCUGGCUCGUCCUCAGUAGAUCUUUUAAUGAUUUCAAAAAUGGCGCAAGGCUUAUUUAAAAGAGUUAUCCCUGAGAGUGGUGCCAAUACUGCGUCAUUUAGUGUGCAACGUGAUCCAAUUGAAAAUGCUAAAAAAUUCGCGAAAAUGUUAAACUUUAAUGAUGUAGAAGAUUUCUUUGCUUUAGAAAGUUUUUACAAAACUGUCUCUUAUGAUGAGUUAGUGGCACCAAAUCUCAUGAGCAGAACGGAUUCUACGUUUUUUUUCUCUCCAUGUGUGGAACGUGAUGUAGGAGAAGAAAUGUUUCUAGAUGAUGAUCCAGUUAAUAUAUUAAAAUCUGGUAAUUAUAAAAAAAUGCCCAUGCUAUACGGGUUCACUGAAAUGGAAGGUUUGUUUCGGUUGCCUCUUUUCGAGGUUUGGAAGGAUCAGAUGAAAGAAAAAUUUUCAACUUUUCUGCCAGCAGAUUUGCAGUUUAAAGAUGAAAAUGAAAAAGAAGAAGUAGCAAAGGAAAUUCAAAAUUUUUAUUUUGGUAGUAAUUUGGAGAUAAACAAAACCGUUUUAGCUUAUAUUGACUAUUUUACUGAUACUAUAUUCGCAUAUCCUACACUCAGAUCAGUAAAGCUACAAGUUGAAAAUGGAAAUAAUGAAAUAUAUUUGUAUGAGUAUUCGUUUGCAAGUGACGACAAUCCUGUCAUACCAUACACUAAUAGUGUUCGUGGUGCAGAUCAUUGUGCCCAAACAAUGGCCGUUCUUGAUGUGCAUGAGAUCGGAAGAGAGACUGCAAAAAGUGAGGAAUCUAUAUCGGCAGAUUAUAAGCAGAUGAAAGCUACCAUGAGAGAAAUUUGGUUAAAUUUUAUGACUACAGGAAAACCCUUGAAUGCCAAUUCUAAGCUUACAUGGCCACCAGUAGGAUCGGAUUGGUCACCACAUAUGUCUAUUAACAAGGUCUUAGAAUUGAGAGGAUCUUUGUUGAAGGAAAGGGCUCAAUUCUGGGAAGGAAUUUACGAUAAAUACUAUCGUCCUCCAAUAGCACCGUCUUCUCCUCCACCGCAAAAAACUGAGCUUUAAAGAUGUAAUUUCGGUUAGGUACAAUUUUUGUUUUAAAAUAAAAACGUUCA